AUGGGCGCCUCUAAGUCUAAUGCCCUGCCGUCAAGACCCUCACACUACCCGGACUUCGACGAACUAGAACUGUGCUGCGCAGAGCUCAAGAGCGUCACCACUGUGAGCUACAGAGAAGCCUUCAGCAGAUACGAGGGAUACUUGCGCUCGUUCGCUCGUGACUACCUGGAACCGCAACUGGAAAGUGUGGGCUUGUGCACCUACCUUGCGGCACUUGUCAAGUGCUGGGAGCAGUUCUCCAUCUACACGAAGUCGGUCAUCAUGCUCAUGCAGCAGCUGCAUUACUCAGACCGCUACGGACCCAUGGCAAAGCAGGUCUUCAUGAAGCUGUUCCUUCAGAGCGAUCGCCUGGCUCGGGAACUGCAACGCGUACUGCAAGAGGGACGCUUCCUCGAUGACGAAGAGACCAACCACCACAUCGUGAGCACGCUUGUGCUGUUAUCUGAGAUUGGCUACAACAACGAGCUGUUCGUCAAGUACUUUGAAACCCCGCUGAUCGAGCGAUGCGCGGCAGACGCCCGCCUCCGCCUCCAGACCUCAUCGGUGACCAAUUACUUGGCUUACGAAUACGUGCAAGAAAAGGUGGAAUCCGAGUGGGAAUCGCUCUUUUCAAGCGGCAACAGGCAAGAGCUGAGACCGGUUUGCGCUCUGUGGCUGCAGAUUGAAGACGUGGUGGCCAUGCUGAAGGGGAAGCAGCUGGGGAGUUUGGACACUCUCAGCGUUGUGAAUUCCAUGAUAGAUGCCUACCGCUACUGCCACGGCAUGACUUCGAACACGGAAGACGCCGGUCUGAUAUCGGCACUUCAGCAGGGCACGGCUGAGGCGCUCACGGUGGAGUGGAGCCUUCCCAAAGAAGAGCAACAGGGCCGAGGACGUCUCGUGGAGGAGUAUCUGGCCCACUUCUGCCACAGACUUCUCUCCAAGCAGUCGGACAAGCUCUUCCAAGCGGAUCUAGUCGAGGAGAUUGUCGAUGGCGUGACGGACCUCUACCGCCACUGCGCCAACAAGGACAUUUUCGUAGCGCUCUACCAGCGACACUUGAUCAAGCGGCUGCUCUUGGAGGGGUCAUCAGCAACCGAAGACCGGGAGUUGGCGAUGCUGUCGCGUCUCAAAACAGCCACGGUUCGCACCAUUGGCGAUCUGUCCGGACUCCAUCGUUGCGACAUGGCCGUGCGAGAGGUGUACCAAUCGGCCGAACUCAGCGCUCGGUUCAAGGCAUCGCCGUUCGCUCAAGGCCUGAGCACGGACAUCAACGUCAAGGUCAUAUCAAGCUUCCUGUUCCCCUACCAGUUCAAACCUGUCGCGCUUCCUGUCGAGUUUUUGCACGCGCAAGAGAGAUACACGCAGUUCUACACAGACUUGACGGCCAAAUCUAAGAAGCUGUUCUGGAUACCGGCUCUCUCGUCUGCAGUCGUCUCGGCUUCGUUCACAAAGGGGAAGAAGGAGUUCCGUGUAUCACUGCAUCAGGCGUCCAUAUUGUUCUUGUUCAACGACAGUUCGGCGCUCACCCUCAAUGAUAUCCUGCGACACACCAAGAUGGACAAAGAAGAGUGCGCGCUUCUUGUCAAGCAAUUGGUAAAAAUCAAGCUGAUCCUGUCGGUGAACGCUGGGGGAGACUCCAACGCGGAAACGUUUCAAGUCCACGAUGCCUUCGCCAACAAACGAUUUUCGAUCAACCUCAACGCCGCCCAGCUAAAGCUUGCGAAAGGAGAAAGCGAUCAGGCCAGGGAAAGCGCGCUCCAGAGUCGCCGCUACUCGGCGCAAGCGGCGGUCGUGCGCAUCAUGAAGUCGAGGCGGGUACUGACACACAACGAGCUUGUUAGUGAGACCAUGGCGCAGCUCAAGUUCCCCUUCGAGAUUGGGUGGCUGAAACGAGUCUUGGAGGCACUCAUCAGCAGCGGUUAUAUGGCAAGAACGACGCGAGCCGAUCAGGCUGCCUACGAAUACCUGCCCUAG